AUGCAAGACAUGAAGGAACAAAAUAGUAUUCAAAAUAGUAUAGAGAAGGACCAAGUUGAGACUGAAGUAUCACAUAAACGAGGAAGUUUGGGUUAUGAGAAUGGUAUCUUAAAUACUUCUCUAAACACAUCUAAUGACAGUGAAGUUAAAGCUGACGAAGAAGAAAGAAGAAUAAUAAAUCAUUGGUAUGAUGGCUUUGUUCGUCUAUUUUUAUGGUAUCCUUCAUAUUUAGAUAAAGACGAGAAGAAUUUACUAUUAAAGUUGGAUUUUUGUAUUCUUACUUAUGUCUGUUGCUCAUAUUUUACAAAAUCAUUAGACAAAUCGAAUAUUACUAAUGCAUAUGUAUCUGGAAUGAAAAAUGAUAUUGAAUUUACUGGUGAUGACUUGAGUUAUGCAAAAUCAUUGUAUUCCGCUGGAUAUAUAAUUUCUAUGUGUUUUGGAAUGUUAUUUGUCACGAGGCCUUGGGCUCGUUACAUGCUUCCUUCUUUAGAAUUAAUUUGGGGUGUCUUGACUUUUUGUGGGGCAGCUGUCAGGACUUCCAGUGAUAUGUUUGCCUUGAGAUUUUUAAUUGGGUUAGCAGAAGGACCUAUAUUCUGUACUGUCGUACAUAUUUUGGGAUCUUGGUACAAAAGGGAUGAGAUUUACCGUAGGGUAAUGGUGUUUUCAAUUUCAUCUAGUUUAGGUGGUAUGUUUUCCGGAUAUUUACAAUCAGCAGCCUAUGAAAAUUUAAGUGGAAAAGGCGGAUUAGCAGGGUGGCAAUGGGGGUUCAUUAUUGAUGGUAUUUUUACUGUACCUAUUGCUUUGUUUGGUUUUUUUAUUUUUCCAGGGGCACCUUACCAGAUUGAGAAGUUAUGGUGGCUUCCAGCCGAAGAAUUACGUCUCGCUAAAGAGAGGACUCAAGCUUCAGGAAUUGCAAAGCCAGGUACAUUGAAUUUUAGUCUAGUGAAGAGGGUAUUUUUAAGAUGGCACGUCCACUUUUUUACUACUUUUUGGGUAUUCUUAAACGUUUUAGCUUUACCCGAUGGCACCGCAUUCCCAUUAUGGUUACUGGCAAAUUCUCCUGAGAGAUUUUCAAUUUCCCAAGUUAAUAAUUAUCCAACUAUUCAAUCUGCUAUUGGGAUUGUUGCACAAUUUUUGCUUGCAGGACUUGCUGAUACAUUCUCUAUUUAUCCUUUUUUGACUAUAACCCAGUGUCUUUUUAUAAUUUCUUAUUCUUCCCUUGCAGCAUGGAAUAUACCUGAUGGUUGGAGAUGGGUUUGUUUUUUAAUUAUUGGUUUUGAUGGAGUAAAUCAAGCUAUUAUCUCAGGAUGGGCAAACAGAAGUUGUAGACAUGAUAAUGAAGAGAGAGCGUUUGUUCUUGGUUUUUCGGAUGCAGUAUCUCAAGCAAUAAAUGUUUGGACAAAUAUUGUAUUCUAUCCUACAAGUGAUGCUCCAAAAUUCAGAAAGGGUUUUAUAGUAUCUUUAGUUGGUGCAAUAGUAAUGUUAUUUUUGCCCAUUUUAGGCUAUAUGGGUGAUAGAUUUGACCGAACGCAACUUGAAAACUCGCCUAAGAAUCUGCACGAGAUCGAUGAAAUAGAAUCAAAAGAUCAAGAAAUAUCUCAGAAGUAG